AUGGCCAACCUUUACAAAACUCUCCUUAUUUUCAUACAUGGUUUCAGGGGAAGUGACAAAACCUUCAAGGACUUUCCAGAAGACCUUGAGAAACUUAUUCCAAAUUCCAAGUCAAUAGUCUACCCACGCUAUGAGACACGUGGUGACCUGAACAGGGCCGUUCGAACGCUCUGUGAAUGGUUGGAGAAGAGGGUGGCUGAGCAUCAAACAUACAACACUGAAGUCGUCGUAUGUCUGCUUGGUCACUCAAUGGGUGGGAUAGCGGGCGCAGAAGCAAUACUAGCAUAUACAGACAACACGAAUUGUCCGAUCAAGUUCAUUGGAUUAAUUGCAUACGAUACCCCGUUUUUUGGUGUUCACAAGAACGUUCAUACGUCGGCCGCUAAUCGCGUACAAACGGUGACAAGAGACGCCAUGGAAACCUAUUCAACCAUUUCCUCUGCCUUUACCAAAUCAUCUACGAAUGCGCCCAAGCCAAGAUCGUCCGAGACCACAACCAAAACCGUCACAAGCGGAACGGGAACUUCUAAAAAGAAAUCCUUUGGCUUAUGGGAAACGCUGGCGACAACUGCGGUGGUUGCUGUUGGCGGAUACGCUGCUUAUUCGAAUAGAGAGAAAUUGAGCGAAACUUUGAAAUGGGUUGGAGAUCAUUUGGAAUACGUUUCUGUACUUGCGGACGAAGAUGAAUGUCAGAGACGAGUCGAUGGUAUAUUAGAACAUUCCGAUGAAAUCGUAUUUCGUUGCUUUUACACAAUGAUUCCUUCAACAGUUGCUGGCACACCAUCGCGCACAUUUAUCACGCUGCCGCCCAAACCAAUUCCACCGUACUUUAUUGCUAUCAGCAAUCAAUCUCGCGAUGAGAUUGACGCUCACGUCACUAUGUUCCAGCCAGAAAUAAAUCAGCAUUAUAACCGGCUGUUACAGGCGACUACCAAAUUGGUGACGAAGAGGCUGCAACAAAUGUGA